UCAUGGUAACACCACUGAUGUGCUUCUGCUCCAACUCAGAGCUUGGAGGAGCGGUGUAACCAGAUCCUGAGGAACAUGGAGGCCUCCCUGACCGCCAGGGACCGCGUGGGCAUCCAGGAUUUUGUUCUCUUGGACGCCUACACAAGUGAGAGUGCCUUCCUGGACAACCUGAGGAAACGCUUCCAUGAGAAUAUCAUUUAUACUUACAUUGGGACUCUCUUGGUGUCAGUAAACCCCUAUAAGGUGUUAGACAUCUACAGCAAGAAGCAAAUGGAUACCUACAUGGGAGUUAACUUCUUUGAGCUGCCACCUCAUAUUUACGCUCUGGCAGACAACGUUUUCCGCACUAUGCAGUCUGAGUUCAACAACCACUUCAUCUUGAUCUCAGGCGAGAGUGGAGCCGGAAAGACAGAGGCUUCCAAGAAAAUCCUUCAAUACUAUGCUGUCAGCUGCCCGAGCACCAAACUCCUGAACAAUGUCCGAGACAGACUGCUUCUCUCCAAUCCAGUGCUUGAAGCUUUUGGAAAUGCCAAAACUCUAAAGAAUGACAACUCGAGCCGAUUUGGGAAAUACAUGGACAUCCAGUUUGACCAUCAGGGUGGAGCAGUUGGUGGUCACAUCCUCAGUUAUCUACUAGAGAAGUCCCGUGUGGUCCACCAGAAUCAUGGGGAGAGAAACUUCCACAUCUUCUACCAGCUGGUAGAAGGUGGAGAAGAAGAUCUUCUCCGUUGGCUCGGACUGGAGAGAAACUGCAAGAACUACCGCUACCUGGUGCAGGGGGAUUGUGCCAAAGUAAGCUCUAUCAAUGAUAAAAGUGAUUGGAGGACGGUGCAGAAAGCCCUGUCUGUCAUAGACUUCAGUGAGAGUGAUACUGAGCAUCUGUUUGGAAUUAUCGCUAGUGUGCUCCACUUGGGAAACAUCAAGUUUGAAGCAGAUGCCCGUGGUUAUGCUACUCUGAACAACAACCAGGAGAUGCACUGGGUGUCAAAGUUGUUGGGGAUUCCUAAUCAGGUGCUACAACAGGGCUUAACCCACAGAAAGAUUGAAGCCAAAACAGAGGAGGUGCUCAGUCCCUUCUCUGUGGACCAUGCAGUAUACGCCAGAGAUGCUCUUGCCAAAGCCAUCUAUGGCCGCACUUUCAACUGGCUGGUAAACAAGAUCAAUGAAUCAUUAUCUAACAAGGAUUCAUCAAGGAAGACGGUGAUUGGUCUGCUUGACAUUUAUGGGUUUGAGGUUUUUACUGUGAACAGCUUUGAACAGUUUUGCAUCAACUACUGCAACGAGAAGCUGCAGCAGCUUUUCAUCCAACUGACCCUCAAAUCAGAACAGGAGGAAUAUGAAAUGGAGGGGAUUGAAUGGGAACCAGUGCCAUAUUUCAACAACAAAAUUAUCUGUGAUCUUGUGGAGGAGAAAUUCAGAGGAAUCAUCUCUUUAUUGGAUGAGGAAUGUUUACGCCCUGGAGAGGCCACUGAUCUCACCUUCCUGGAGAAGAUGGAGGAAACGAUUGGUGGUCAUCCACAUUUUGUCACACAUAAACUUGCAGACAUGAAAACAAGGAAAACACUGGAAAGAGGAGACUUCCGCCUCUUGCACUACGCUGGGGAGGUUACAUACUGUGUUGUUGGAUUCCUGGACAAAAACAAUGAUCUGCUGUACCGAUAUGGAAAAGAGGUCAUGCGGCAGUCCAAGAACUCUAUCAUCCAGCACUGCUUUCCCUCCAGUGAACCAGACAGCAAGAAGAGACCUGAAACUGUGGUGACCCAGUUUAAGAGUAGCUUAGUGGGUCUGACUGAAAUCUUAAUGUCCAAAGAACCCUGGUAUGUCCGCUGCAUUAAACCUAAUGAAGCCAAGCAAGCAGGACAAUUUGACGAUGUGCUGGUGAGACAUCAGGUUAAAUACCUGGGGCUGAUGGAGCACCUGAGAGUCAGACGGGCUGGUUUUGCUUACCGACGCAAAUAUGAUAUCUUUCUUCAAAGGUAUAAGCCUCUGUGUCCAGACACCUGGCCCAACUGGAAAGGUACCGCAGCUGAAGGUGUAAAGUGCCUGAUCAAACACCUGGGCUAUAGACCUGAUGAGUACAAGAUGGGGAAAACCAAGAUUUUCAUCCGCCAUCCUCGAACUCUGUUUGCUACAGAAGAUGCCUUUCAGGUCUGCAAACAUAAGCUAGCAACAACGAUUCAGGCAAAGUACAAAGGCUACAGGGUGAAAGGAGACUACCUGAAACAGAAAGAGGCUGCCACUAAGAUUGAAAACUGCUGGAGAGGUUUGAUGGCGAGGAAGGAACGCGAGAGGAGAGCCUGGGCUGUCAAGGUCAUCAAGAAGUUCAUUAAAGGUUUCAUGACCAGAAAUCAACCACCCUGCAUCGACAACAGCGAGUACUUGGCCUAUGUGAGGCAAAGCUACCUCACACGGCUGAGAGAAAACCUCCCCAAAACAGUCCUGGAAAAAGAUUCCUGGCUCACCCCACCUCCUAUAAUCCAGGAGGCUUCCCAGAUAUUGAAAAAGAUCUACAUUCGACACUUGGUAUGGAAGUACGUCAGAGGAAUCACGUCCCAAAGGAAAGCACAGCUUCUGUUAAAAGAACAGACGAGCUCCAUGUUCAAAGGAAAAAAAGAAAACUACCCCUUAAGUGUGUGUAGACCGUUUGUGGACACCAGGAUUGCUUUAGGAGACAUAAACAUCAAAGUCCUUCAGAUGAUUCAACAUGAGCACAUCAAGUACAGUGUGCCAGUGGUGAAGUAUGAUAGGAACGGGUUCAGGCCUCGUCUCCGGCAGCUCAUUUUCACCCAGGAAGCUGCUUACCUGGUCGAAGAAGCCAAGAUCAAGCAGAGGAUCAAUUACACCUCUCUGAAAGGUGUGUCAGUCAGCAACCUGAGUGACAGCUUCCUCAUCCUUCAUGUUACAUGUGAUGAUAUCAAGCAAAAGGGGGAUCUGGUUCUGCAGUGUGACUACCUGUUUGAAGCCCUGACUAAGCUGAGUGUUAUUGCAGACAAGCAGAACUUCAUCAAAGUUGUCCAGGGCAGUGUACGAUUUGACAUCCAGCCUGGCAGAGAAGGGUUCGUUGACUUCAAAAGUGGUCAAGAGUCAAUGGUUUACAGGGCAAAGAAUGGCCAUUUGAUGGUGGAAUCGACGAAAGCAAAGUCCAGAUAAAGAGGCUGGAUAUGCUGGAUAGUGGUGCUUCUAGAAGUCUCAGAGCUUCAAACCAAAAUAAAAAGCCAUGCUUGCUCUGUAGCUCUGCUCAGUUAUUGUUAUCCUCAACCUAUGUUUUAUGUCAGCCUAUUUUUACUUUUGCGUCUUUAUGACAAUGAAAAACAAUAAAGAAUAUGCUACUAUUGCACAAAAAACUGCCAAUGUCUUAGCUGUAGGAAGUGCAAAUCACAGCUGAGCCUGGCCAGAGAAAUGUUUAGACUUUAAAUGAACUUAUGAAAAAAUAGAUUCCAUUUCACAUUUUAGUACAAACUGUAUAGGCACCUGUAAGAUUUUAAGGUUUUUUUCUUUUGUGAUUUAUUUACUUUUUUUUGUAUUUGAAUCUUACUUAAUCCUACUUACACUGUAACAGUAAAGACAUGCAUGUGGAUGAAGCCACAACUGUAACAAUUCUAACAGCUUGACCAUGCUACAGAUUUAUAUUAAAACGCGUUAAAUCAGGAGGACGUUUGAAUCUUUAUCUUGAAUGACUGGUUCAGUACAAAUUAAACAGUAAAAAGAUUUUCACCUAAACUAUGUUAUGAUUCUAUAUGCAGAAGCGCUCCCUU